UGUUAUGAUUUGAAUGAGGUCUAAUCUAAGCCUUCAAAUAUAAGUAAUUAAAUAUAAGCCACAUAUCUCAACCAUUUCACCAUCUCUUCAUCUAGGGUUUUUAUUAUUUUUUUUAUAUUCUUCUAUUUAUUUUUCUUUAAAUGUGACACAAAAAUUUGAAGAGUAAGAAUUUUUGUAUAGAGAGAAUUAGAAGAAAAAACAACAACAAGAAGAAGAUGGCAUGGAAUUGCAUAAUCCCUAGUUGUUCAAAGGGUAAAUACAACAAUAAGGCAGAAUCUAAUACAAGAGAGGUUUCGAAGAAAUCUUCUUUCCAAAGGCUAUCUUUUUCAGAUUUAAGUGAUCCAAACUCGCCUAUGUUGGCUGAUGAUUUAUCGAAUUCUCUCAUUAGCUCAAAUCUUCAUGUUUUUUCAUUGGCUGAGUUGAGAGACAUAACUAAUAAUUUUUCGUGGAGCAAUUUGCUCGGGGAAGGUGGUUUUGGACCUGUCUACAAAGGUUUUUUCGGCGAAAAGUUUAAGCAUGGUUUGGAGCCUCAAUCUGUUGCUGUUAAACUACUAGACUUGGAUGGAUUGCAAGGAUAUAGAGAAUGGCUGGCUGAAAUUAUCUUUCUUGGGCAACUAAGGCAUCAAAAUCUUGUUAAAUUGAUUGGAUAUUGUUGUGAAGAAGAACAUAGGCUUCUUGUGUAUGAUUACAUGCCAAGAAAAAGCUUAGAAGAUCAACUCUUCAGAAGGUACUCUACUACUAUGCCAUGGUCAACUAGAAUGAAAAUAGCUCAUGGAGCAGCCAAAGGCCUAGCUUUUCUUCAUGAAACAGAUCAACCUGUCAUCUUUAGAGAUUUCAAAACUUCAAACAUUUUAUUAGAUUCUGACUAUACAGCAAAACUUUCAGAUUUUGGAUUAGCAAAAGAUGGGCCAGAAGGAGAAGAUACACAUGUUAGUACUACACAUAUAGUAGGCACUAAAGGAUAUGCUGCUCCUGAAUACAUCAUGACUGGUCAUUUGACUACAAAGAGUGAUGUAUAUGGGUAUGGAGUAGUUCUAUUAGAACUUUUAACAGGCAAAAGGUCAAUAGAUAGGAAUAGGCCCAAUAGAGAACAGAACUUAGUAGAUUGGGCCAGGCCUUUUCUAAAAGACCCAAGAAAGCUUUACAAGAUUAUGGACCCAAAACUUGAAGGCCAGUUUUCAGCCAAGGGGGCCCAAAGGACCUGUGCAUUGGCCUACAAGUGUUUGAGUCGCAGGCCCAAUUUCCGGCCCAGUAUGACUGAUGUUGUAGCUACAUUGGAACCUCUUUUAGGGUUAGAUGAUUGGUUUUAUGUGCCAUUUGUGUACAUUGCACCACCUGAUCAAGAUGAGAAAGUGAUUGAAAGUAAAGGCGAAGAGAAGGACGACGAUGAUGACGGUGGUUGUGGUGGCGGCGGCCGCAGUGGUUGGCGGGAUCGGAUUAUAUCGACUACCAUGUCAUUUGGGAAUUACUUGGAUGUUUCCUUAUACAAAAAUAGAUUAGUUGCUUCAAAUAAUUGUGUAGAUUAUUAGUAGUGGAAAAAAAGAAAGGUUAAAGAAAAAAAAAUGAAAAUUUUAAGUUUAAUCCUUUUUUUUUUUUUGAGUUGAAAUUUGCCAACUUGUUAUAGAAGUUAGGUUAUAAACUAUUGAUUUAAUUAGUCAAACUAAUUAAAGAUCAAUUAUAUUUAUUAUUGUUUGAUAAGGUUUAA